CAGGAUGCUUGCAAAGGGCCAAAUGCUCGCGACCGAGGAGAUGGGGCCGGGUCGGGAGCGAGCCUUAGCCGGGACGUACAGCUUCAUACGUAAGUGCACAGCCUCGUUUUACUCACCGCUUGACAAACGCCGAUUGCACUUGACCACGGAGUCCUGACUUGCGGACGACUCAUAUGUAAAUACAUAAAAGGAUGACAGGGCGCUCUUCCCCGGACCAGCAUCAAUCUACCCUCUCCACCAACACCUGUCCCCCCUCGAUCAUCUAGUAUCAUGGGCACCUGCACCGUCUGCGCGGCGCCAUUCACGUCGCCCGUGUCCCUUCCCUGUGGUGCGUCCCGCCCGUCCCGCCGACUUUCUAUGAGUCCUCUGAUCCGCAGUGCAGGCCACAUAUUCUGUCGAGCAUGUUGUCUACGCAAUCUGGGAGGAGGAGACGGAACAGGAUCUGAAAAGGCCAUACGUCCUUGCCCCAGGUGUCGGGCUGCGUACUCUGCAGAAUCGAUUGACCCAGUCGUGAUCUUGCCCUCCGCGAGCACGGAUCUGCCUUGCUCGGUCGAGACACCCGGCACCAUUCCGGCAGCAUCGAUGUCCGACACUACGCCAUCGUCGUUUCCCUCCUCACCCUCAUCCUCAUCCUCGUCUUCCACACUCACACCCGGCUCCUCGACGUGCCAUGCCGAUCGCGAACGGCUCCAGUCUGAGCUCGCCGCGCUGCGGCUGACCUGCUCGACUUGGCAGCGGCGCGCGGAGAUGCAUGCGUCUGCGAACCACAGUCUGCUAGGUUUCGCGCGGGCUGCCAAGGAGUGUGCAGUCCGGUUGCGUUCCGAGCGGGAUUCCGCCCGCACGCGGUGCGAGCUAUUGAAACGAAAACUGGCUGACGUUAUACCCGAAUACUCCAUCGUGCCAGCCACAGAUGAGGCAGAAAUUGACCGCCGGACUGCACGCCGAGCACCAUGCGGAUUGCCCGUCUUCUUGGCCCAGUGUCGAGCCAAGUCCGCCCCUGGCCCUCCGGAUGUGAACAUGUCAGAGAGUCUCUUCGGGCCGCCGUUCAAACGCAGGCGCUCAGGGGCUGCCCCGUGCUUCAGCGACGAAGGCAGUAGCAGCAGCAGCAGCAGCACCGCCGGCUCUGCGCCCGGCAGCACGGUGUCGGGCAGCACACCCCCGACGUCGCCUGCUUCGAGCGCGGCGAGCGAAACCGAUGCGCGGUGCGACACAAGCCCGGAGAUCUUAUCCGUGCUUCCUCCCAUUGUGUCCUCCUCGCUGCAGACGCUGUGCGAGGUGGCGGUGACGCACCACCGCCUGCUCGGCGACGACAAUGUGCUGAAGCGCCGGCGGCCAUCUUAGAGGCCAGUCUGGAUUUCAUCUUGGGACUUAGUAUGCUAUGUAAAACACACGUUAUAAUCCGCGACACACGCACAUGCGCACACACUCAUUUUGGCGGCGACACCCAUCUACUUUUUGUUACACCUCAUUGUACCAUAUGGCAACCUACAUAUGUAUCCCUACGCAUCCGACACUUAGAACAGAGGAUUUUGCUGUGUGUUAGAGGAUUUUGCUGUGUUAGAGGAUUUUGCUGUGUGUUAUAUGACUAGCAGGAUGACCCACUCGAAGCGCAGACGUCAUUAGGGGAUAGACAUAAUUAAAGCCCUGUCGUACUGUAAGGCCUCUAGUGUAAUCGUGAAUCAGAAUGAGAUUUUCAUGUCAUGCACUAUCCCAAUUCUGACAACUGACAACCGAGGGUCUUGCAGCCAGCCAUGCUCACCUUCAUACUCUUACCUGUUCAUUGAAUAGACUGAUCCAUGCCAGCACCGUGUCAAGGUGAUUACUGCACUGGCAGAAAGGACGUCAAAUUACUUUGAGGUCAUGAUUUCCGGAUUUCGUACUAUAGUUAGCACAUCAUCAGAAGUCGCUUGCAUCGCCACCUGUCAAGCGGACAUUGGCCCCUAAUUUUUAUUGGUCUUGACGCCAACGGGCAACCCUGAGGAUUACAUGGAGAAUCGUGCAGUGUUCAGGAUAAAGCGGAGUCCUGCAUUUUCUCUGCACCAUGUCUCAUAGCUCAAUUGGGUCAUCUCGAUUAUCGACUGAGUCAUGCGGAAGCAGGUCUGACCAGGUGUUGGACCUGAAUCAUCCGCCCUCAGACAUGAGCAAGAGCACCUAUAAAUGCAGUGACGACCCGGGGCCUCCCUAACUCAAUCAACAUGCAUUUGGAAUCUUCCAUACGCACGUUGCCAGUCCACUGCAACCUCUGCGGCGUGUCCUUCGCCGACGUAUCGAUCCGCGCGGCACACGUCGAUGCCUCCCCUGCCCAUCCCUCAUGUGGGUUGUGCCACCGGCGAUUCCUCAACGACAGCUCCCUCUUUCUCCACCUAAACUGCGCCGAUACUCACUCGGGCGCCACCGAUUGCAACGAGACAUUGGACGCCGACCAGAUUCUUCUCGAAUCGCUGGUCGGGAUCGAGAUCGAUUUGGACAACCUGGUGCGGUACCAAGUCGACAGGAUACUGGGCGACGAUGAAGAUUCAGGAUAUGACUCGGAAGACUACUGGGCGCCGCCGGAUUUCGACUCAGAGUCAUCGAGUGAGAGCGAUCGUGACGGCACCGAAUCAGAGAGCUCCAUCCCGGACUUCAGCGACUCUGAAUUCGACAAGCAUCACCAGUGCGAAUCAUGCGCAUCCGACUUCCCAGUCCCCGCAACAGCGAACGGGAACAGUUUUCUGGGAAUAGCCGGCCUUGAAUCUAAAUCCGGGCCACCCGGGGUUUGGGAAUUGCACCCUUGGGAGUCCGACGGCGGCCCCCUAGUCGCGCGCAGAUUCCCCGGAGCCCGCGUCGAUAUGUCGGGCAUUUGUAUCUGUCCGGAGGAAUCCGUGGGCUGCCACGACUCUGUUCAGCGAGGUGAUGCUGGGCUUAUCCCCCCAGAUAUGCCAUCUUGUUUCAGCAUACACAAAAUCAAAAGCUACUGAGUUUUUGAUAUCACACGAUACACCAAGAUAUGGGGUGUAGUCGCAGUGGCAGCUGUUGAAUUGCUCGCCGAAAUUGAAUUGACAAAGACUUAGUCAAGGUCUUUACCAUGACAAGAGAACGUGUUCGUGAAGUUCUAGCUCAGUCGCCACGGUCGCGGCAGACUGUUGAACCGCAACCGCAUCUCGUCAUGGGAGAUCAGUGGAGCGCUAAUCGACCAGCAGGCGUGCAGCAGGCAGGGCAAGAUUUGCAGAUCAUAUCAGACUGGACCGCUCGUCGAUACCCUACGUCAGAUAGUACGCGAUUACGGACCAAUAGGUAAAAUAGUAUUUUGGGUUUGGGCACAAGGUCCAGGAUAAGUACAACAGAGAGACCCCGAGAGAAAUUAGAUCGCAGCGUAAACCGACGGCGAGCAGCGCGCUUCUGUCAGGUGACCGAACGGGCAUAGCGUUAGCUUAUCGGAAUCAGCCUCGAAUGUGCAUGUGAGCCCGCAGACGCACAUUAUGACAUAGUGCCUAUUACAUUCCGUACUUCCUCCUCAAUGCCGCCCACGCCGGGCCGACUGCCGGGUUCUUGGCCACAAAAAAGCUCAUGUCCUGCUCUGGAAUGCGGUUGACAUCGAUGCGGUUCCAGUAGCGGGAGAAGCUGUAGGCAAGGUCCUGCGCGUCACGAUCUUCCCCCCUGCUGGAUUAUCCGCGUGUCAGCGCCCCUGCGCCCAGAAAGGAGAGAGAAGCGCGCAUACAUCAGCCAGGCCUUUAGCUUGCAUCGAAUGAACUCGGAUAGUGUUAAGAACGGCAGCCCCUGCAGCUUCAUCGUUGUCGUCGCGUCGAGAGUUCGAGGCCCAGUCUCGCCCGCCGGAAGGAUCUCUAUCUGGUCGUGUGCCCCACCGUCAGUCGAAGAAGGAAGUCGGCAAGAAGAGCUCAAGCGCACAUCAAUGGACGGUAUGAAACGUCGAUAAGAGACGUGCAGUC